AUGAAUUCAAUCGAUUUUCACGACACAAAAGCUGAAAAGGCUAACGCGAUCUUGAGGCGGCGGAGGAUGCAGCGAAUCACGGCCUUGUUCCGUUUUGCUGAGCUGUUGAUUUUCCUCAUAAUCACUUCCAGAUUUUCGACUCAGUACGCCUUUUCCCCAAAUCUGUCAGGCGCGUGGUUCAACGGAAUUCCGGCCGCGCUAACCAGCCAUCGCUUCGUGUUCCUGGCCGGGAACGCGAUUGUGGUCGUCCUCCUCCUGACGUCCGGCCGAUUCUCCCCGGACAGCGGCGGGAAGCUCGUCGAUUUCUACGACGAGUACGUGGGGAGAUCUCGCGGCGGCGAUCGGCGGAAAAUUGGGGAGAAGGAGAGGAGAGGACCGGGCGGCGCGUGCGGUUAUGGCGUAGUCGGCGCGGGGAGAGAGAUGAACAGGUGCGAAUCUGAGAUGGUUGGGAAGGCGGCGGGGCGAGUGGACGAGGUGCGGAGGGAUCUGCGGCGGAGCGCGAGCGAGAGGUGCGGAUCCGAGAUCGUUGGGAGGGCGGCGGGCCGAAGGGAGGAGGUGCGGAGGGAUCUGCGGCGGAGCUCGAGCGAUAGGUGCCGGGAAAGCGGCGGCGACGGAGGGAGAAGGACGGCGGGCGGCGGUGGCGGCGGCGGUUGUUCGUUGGCGGAGGAUGAGAUGAGCGGCGAGGAGUUCCGGCGGACGGUGGAGGCGUUUAUCGCGAGGCAGCAGAGGAUUUUGAGGGAGGAGUAA